AUGGCAGCUCUCCCCCUGCAGCAGGCUAAUUCAAGUGGCAAGUGGGCAAGCUCACAGGAGAUCCCCCAGUGUGCCGGCUGCAACCAGCACAUCUUGGAUAAGUUCAUCCUGAAAGUCCUCGACCGCCACUGGCACAGCUCCUGCCUCAAGUGCGCCGACUGCCAAAUGCAGCUGGCUGACCGCUGCUUCUCCAGAGCCGGAAGCGUCUAUUGCAAGGAAGACUUCUUCAAGCGUUUCGGUACAAAAUGCACAGCGUGCCAGCAGGGGAUCCCCCCCACGCAGGUGGUCAGGAAAGCCCAGGACUUUGUCUACCACCUGCACUGCUUUGCUUGCAUCAUCUGCAACCGCCAGCUGGCCACAGGUGACGAGUUCUACCUCAUGGAAGAUGGGCGCCUGGUCUGCAAAGAAGAUUAUGAAACGGCCAAGCAGAAUGAUGAUUCGGAAGCAGGAGCGAAGAGGCCCCGAACCACCAUCACAGCCAAGCAGUUGGAAACAUUGAAAAAUGCCUACAAAAACUCCCCCAAACCAGCCAGGCACGUGCGGGAGCAGCUGUCCUCCGAGACCGGACUGGACAUGCGGGUCGUGCAGGUCUGGUUUCAAAACAGAAGGGCCAAAGAGAAACGUCUGAAGAAAGACGCUGGGCGGCACCGCUGGGGGCAGUUCUACAAGAGCGUAAAGAGAAACCGAGGAGGCAGCAAACACGAGAAAGAGAGCUCGGCGGAGGACUGCGGGGUUAGUGACAGUGAGCUGAGCUUCCGAGAAGACCAAAUACUGUCAGAUCUCGGGCACAACAACAGAAUUUACAGCAGUGCGAGUGAGGUGGCUGGCGGACCACUCAUGAACGGCACCUUCGCCAUAGACGGGUCAGGACAAUCCUAUCAGGACUUGAGAGACGGCAGCCCCUACGGAAUCCCACAGUCUCCAGCCUCCAUCUCGUCCCUUCCAUCGCACACUCCUUUGCUCAAUGGUCUGGAUUACACAAUGGACAAUAAUUUAGGCAUCGUAGCACAUGGAGGGCAGGGAGUGGGCCAGACACUCAGGGCUAUGGCUGGGGGCCCAAGCUCUGAUAUUUCUACCGGGAGCAGCGUGGGCUAUCCAGACUUUCCAACAAGCCCGGCUUCUUGGCUUGACGAAAUGGAUCAUCCUCCUUUUUAA